CAGCGAGGAGGAGGCGGCUGAUGAGGGGCGCCUAGAUCAGGAUGAGGGGAAGGAUGAAGUUGAUAGGGAGGAUCUAGAUCUGGAGUCCCUAGAUGAUGAUCAGGAGGGGGAGCUAGAUGGGCAGGAGGAAGAACAGGAGGAAGAAGAGGAGGGGAGGAGGAGGAAGAAGAGGAGGGGAGGAUGGAGGACACUUUAGAAACUUCAGAGGAGGCAGAUAUGGAAGGAAACUGGGAGAAUGAGCGGAAAGUAAGCGGAAAGUUGCCCAUGUCCCCAGAGGAUGGUGGCGACUAUAAACCCUGUAAAGCCAAGACCUCCAGAGAAGCGAAGAGUCUUUGCAAUAGAGCUACGAAGUAUGUUCCCCCUCCAGUGAGAAGAGUUGACAAUACAAUGGAUGACAAAAAGAGGGAAGAACUUGGAAGACUGAAGAAAACAGUGAAAGGACUAAUUAACAGGUUGAGUGAACCAAAUUUGGCCUCCAUAAGUGGACAGUUGGAAGAGCUAUACAUGACUAACAGUAGAAAGGACAUGAAUGAAACUCUAACAGAUGUUCUUAUGAAUGCUUGUGUUACUGCAGCCGUGAUGCCAGUUAGAUUGAUGAUGGAGCAUGUCCUUUUGGUCAGCAUUCUUCAUCAUACAGUGGGAAUUGAGGUUGGUGCUCACUUUUUGGAAGCUGUGGUGAGGAAAUUUGAUGAAUUCUAUAAAAGUGACGCUGAAGGGAAAGAAUGCGAUAACCUGUUUGCCUUGAUUGGCCAUCUGUAUAACUUUCAUGUAGUGCAUUCGCUGCUGAUCUUUGAUAUUCUCAAGACGCUUGUUAGCAGUUUUGCAGAAAAGGACAUUGAACUGAUUCUGCUCCUCUUGAAAAAUGUGGGAUUUUCCUUGAGAAAAGAUGAUGCUUUGGCCCUGAAGGAUCUGAUUAGUGAGGCCCAGAACAAAGCAAAUGCUGUGGGGAAGAAAUUUGAGGACCAGUCUAGGAUUCGCUUUAUGCUAGAGACUAUGCUGGCACUAAAAAACAAUGACAUGCGGAAAAUCCCAGGGUAUGACCCUGAGCCAGUUGAGAAGCUGCGCAAGCUGCAGAGAACACUGGUUCAUAACAGUGGCUCUGGAAGAGAGACUCAACUUCGUGUGUCAUUGGAAUCUCUCCUCAGUGCUGACCAGGUUGGCCGUUGGUGGAUAGUAGGGUCAUCUUGGAGCGGAGCACCAAUGAUUGAUAGUACUAACAGCAAGACUCAGCACAAAUUGCCUGUAGGAAAGAUGAGUUCAAAGAUACUGGAGCUUGCUCGUAAGCAGAGAAUGAACACGGACAUCAGGAGAAAUAUAUUUUGUGUCUUGAUGAGUAGUGAAGACUUUUUGGAUGCAUUUGAAAAACUUUUGAAGCUUGGACUUAAAGAUCACCAAGAGAGAGAGAUAGUUCAUGUUCUCAUUGACUGUUGCCUACAGGAGAAGACAUAUAACCCCUUCUAUGCAUAUUUGGCUAACAAGUUUUGUGAAUACGAUAGAAGAUUUCAGAUGACAUUCCAGUUCAGUAUAUGGGACAAAAUCCGAGAUUUGGGAAACCUGUCAACCACUACUUUCUCCAACCUGGUUUCUCUGUUGGCCCACUUGCUAAAGACAAAAUCACUCUCCCUAUCAGUCUUCAAGGUAGUUGAAUUCAGUGAACUGGAUAAACCCAAAGUCCACUUCUUGCGGCAAGUGUUAUAUAUACUAUUAAUAAAAACAGACUUGGAAGAACUUACCAGCAUUUUUGGAAGGUUAACUGACAACCCAAAAUUAGGAAUGUUGCGUGAAGGUUUGAAGCUUUUCCUUUCCCACUUUUUCCUGAAGAACGUACAAGCACACAAAAGCGCUGAAGAAGCCAGCUUACUAAAAGAAAGAGUCGAACUAGUAAGCAGGACUUUGCAAGCCAGAGAAUCCAGAUUAAAACUAUAGUUUUAUUUUCAAAUAAGCCUGCGUGGAAAAUAAGGACUUAAUGAAACCACAAAGCUGAUCUUGACAAUGUUUUUCACAGGCCAAAGACUUGAGAUGCUGAGCAGGAUUGUAAUGCUGCAAAGGACCCCCUAUUUUGAGGUGAUGUAGGAUUGUACACUCCUAAAAAAUGGUUUCAAGUUUGGGGGGAAAUAGAAACAUAAAAUACUGAAGAAGGAAAAAAGUAUAUAUCUUUAUACAUUGUUCAUUGCUUUAAAAACUAUUGUCUUCCCCAUACACCUCCACUCUGUAUACCUCAUUUGCCAGUUAUCAUCAGGCAAGAUAGCUGAGUUUCCUUUAAAGUUUAGUUAAUACCACUUAUCAGUCAGCAAGAGGUAGUGUUCAGCAACCCCAAGCUUCUAGCCUUCCUAAUUCCUGGAAGAUCAUGGAGUAAGAUUGGGUUUGAUAUUCAGAACUGUUCGUUUUUUACAGAAUAAAUAAAACCGAAUUUUGUUUCUGUGCUA